CAGCUGAGGCAGAACUUUAUCAGUACUACCUAGCCCAGAACAUAGGCCUGACUGGAAUGAAACUGGAGAACCCAGCAGACCCUCAGAUGAUGAUCAAUCCAUUCCAGCUUGAUCCAGCAACAGCAGCAGCUUUGGCACCAGGACUUGUAAAUAAUGAGCUGCCACCUGAAAUCCGGCUUGCCAGUGGUCAGCUAAUGGGUGAUGACCUGUCCCUCCUUACUGCAGGAGAGCUGUCACCUUAUAUCAGUGACCCAGCGCUGAAGCUAUUCCAGUGUGCUGUUUGCAACAAAUUCACCUCUGACAGCCUGGAGGCCCUAAGUGUGCAUGUGAGCAGUGAACGAUCUCUCCCCGAAGAGGAGUGGAGGGCUGUAAUUGGAGACAUUUACCAAUGCAAGCUCUGUAACUACAACACGCAGCUCAAAGCCAACUUCCAGCUCCACUGCAAGACUGACAAACACAUGCAGAAAUAUCAACUGGUGGCUCACAUUAAAGAAGGAGGCAAAACUAAUGAGUGGAGGCUGAAGUGCAUUGCCAUUGGCAACCCUGUUCACCUCAAAUGCAACGCCUGUGACUACUACACCAACAGUGUGGAUAAAUUGCGCUUACAUGCCACCAAUCACAGGCACGAGGCAGCCCUGAAACUUUACAAGCACUUGCAAAAGCAUGAGAGUGCAGUAAACCUCGAAUCCUGCUAUUACUACUGUGCUUUGUGCGAUUACUCCACCAAGGUCAAGUUGAACCUGGUACAACAUGUCCGUUCAGUAAAGCACCAGCAGACAGAAGGCCUACGCAAGCUACAGUUACACCAGCAAGGCCUGGCACCAGAGGAUGACAACUUCAGUGACAUAUUUUUUGUUAAAGACUGCCCACCAAAUGAGUUUGAAACUUCUUCAGAAGGAGAUGGCUUGUGUACUUAAGAAGUGACUACCAGAACAGCUAGAUCGACUUCCGAAGAACAAGUUGAAGAUGCAGAAGGGUCUGCUAAAAGCUCAUCAGUGUCUGUUGAUGAUAAAGACACGUGUGAGAAAGAGGGAAAUAAUAGUGAAGGCAAAAAAACUAGUAAAGACUCUGGAAUAAACACACCAGAGAAGGAACCAAAAGUAAAUAUUGCAACAGGGGAACAACCACUACUUCCACCAAAAGAAGAAGAUGGUGCGCCCAAAAAGCCCAAAGUGUCUGAGGACAAUAAGUUUGGUCAUGAACAGUUUUACCAGUGUCCUUAUUGUAACUACAAUAGCAGGGACCCCAAUCGUAUCCAGAUGCAUGUCCUGUCACAGCAUUCUAUGCAGCCUGUAAUCUGCUGUCCCCUCUGCCAGGAUGUCCUGAGCAACAAAAUGCAUCUCCAGCUGCAUUUAACCCAUUUGCACAGUGUGUCACCUGACUGUGUGGAGAAACUGCUUAUGACAGUUCCUGUACCAGAUAUGCUGAUGCCUAAUAGUAUGCUACUGCCAGCAGCUUCUUCAGAGAAAUCUGAUUGUGACACCUCUGCAAGUUUGACAGCUGAGGGUUCUGGGAAAUAUUCAGGUGAAAGUCCUCCAGAGGAGAAGAAUAUCCCUGGGCUUGAAGAAUCAAAAACGGGAAUGGAAAUUAAAAUAGAGGAACAGAAGCCACUCAAAGAAUCUACUGAAAUGCCAGAAUGGAACAAAAACAGCACUAAGGAUAUAAAGAUCAUUGAAUCACUGCCAGAUCAGUUGAAUGAGCAACAGAAGAGGCAGCAGCUUUCAGUUUCUGAUCGCCACGUCUAUAAAUAUCGUUGUAACCAUUGUAGUUUGGCUUUUAAGACUAUGCAGAAGCUUCAAAUACAUUCCCAGUAUCACGCUAUUCGGGCUGCUACCAUGUGUAGCCUUUGCCAACGUAGUUUCCGUACAUUCCAAGCUUUAAAAAAACAUUUGGAAGCAGGCCACCCAGAACUCAGUGAAGCUGAAAUUCAGCAGUUAUGUACGUCUUUACCUGUAAAUGGUGAACUCUGGGCAGAGAGUGAAAGUAUGGCACAAGAUGAACAUGCACUAGAACAGGAGAUAGAAAGAGAAUAUGAGAUUGACCAGGAAGGUAAAGCAAGUCCUGUAGGAAGCGAUAGUAGCUCCAUUCCAGAUGAAAUGGGCUCAGAACCAAAGCGGACCUUACCUUUUAGAAAAGGGCCAAAUUUUACUAUGGAAAAAUUUCUAGAUCCUUCUCGGCCGUAUAAAUGUACAGUGUGCAAAGAAUCCUUCACUCAAAAGAACAUUCUUUUGGUCCAUUAUAACUCAGUCUCACAUUUGCAUAAACUCAAAAAGGUGUUGCAGGAAGCAUCCAGUCCUGUCCCUCAAGAAGCUAACAGCAGCACUGACAACAAACCCUACAAAUGCAGCAUUUGUAAUGUUUCUUAUAGCCAAAGUUCUACACUGGAAAUCCAUAUGAGAUCUGUGCUUCAUCAAACCAAGGCAAGGGCUGCAAAAUUAGAACCAAACAGUAAUGCAAUGAGUGGAAAUAGCAUAGCAGGGAACGUUAAUAGCCCCAGCCAAGGAAUAGUAGACCCUACAAGCUUACCAGUGGCUAACAGCAAAGAAACCCAUAUAGAUGCCAAAGAAUUAAAUAAAAAGCAAGCUUCUGAAUUAGUUUCUGCUCAGCCUACACAUCAUCCUCCCCAGUCACCAGCACAACUGCAAAUGCAACUUCAGCAUGAACUGCAACAGCAAGCAGCUUUUUUCCAGCCCCAGUUCCUAAACCCAGCUUUUUUGCCUCAUUUUCCUAUGACGCCAGAGGCGCUGUUGCAGUUUCAACAGCCACAGUUUCUAUUUCCAUUCUAUAUUCCUGGGACAGAGUUCAGUUUGAGCCCCGACCUCGGUUUGCCUAGUUCUGCUGCAUUUGGCAUGCCUGGAAUGGCAGGUAUGGCAGGCUCACUGCUAGAAGACCUAAAACAACAGAUGCAGACUCAACACCAUGUUGGUCAAACACAACUGCAGAUACUACAACAGCAAGCACAACAAUAUCAAGCAACACAACCUCAGAUUCAGCCACAAAAGCAGCAGCAGCAUCAAAGCAGUAAGUUGGUGAAAACGGAACAAAAUAGUGUAGUAACUACAGAGUGCCAGAUGAUGAAGGAUACACCAUCAUAUAAGGAAUCAGAAGAAAUUUCUGAAAAGCAAGAAAAACCAAAGCAGGAAUUCACAAGUGACAGUGAAGGAUUAAAAGAAAACAAAGAUAUAAAGAAACAGAAGGGCUCUGAACCAGUCAUUCCACCACCUAGAAUUGCUUCUGGAGCAAGAGGAAAUGCAGCCAAGGCAUUGUUAGAAAACUUUGGCUUUGAGUUGGUUAUUCAGUACAAUGAGAACAGACAGAAGGUACAGAAGAAAAGCAAAACUGGUGAUUGUGAAAAUACUGACAAAUUGGAAUGUGCAGCAUGUAGUAAAUUAUUUUCCAAUAUUCUGAUAUUGAAGAGUCAUCAAGAACAUGUUCAUGGCCAGUUUUUUCCAUACACUGCACUGGAAAAAUUUGCCCGUCAAUACAGGGAAGCUUAUGACAAGCUUUAUCCAAUUUCACCAUCUUCUCCAGAACCACCACCACCUCCUCCACCACCUCCACCUCAGCCUACAACUCCUUCACAGCCUCCUUCGUCUAGCUCUGGAAAAAUUCAAAGCAUGACUCCCACCCCUUUACAAGCACCACCUCCAACUCCACCUCCUCCGCCUCCUCCUCCACCUCCACCACCACCUCCACCUCCACCUUCUGCGCCACCACCGGUACAGCUGCCAGUUUCAUUGGAUCUUCCCCUUUUCCCCCCAAUUAUGAUGCAGCCAGUGCAACACCCAGCAUUGCCUCCACAACUUGCCCUCCAGCUACCCCCAAUGGAUGCAUUGUCAGCAGAUCUUACUCAGCUUUGUCAGCAACAACUAGGGUUGGAUCCAAAUUUCCUACGGCAUUCUCAGUUCAAGAGGCCACGUACAAGGAUCACAGAUGACCAAUUAAAAAUUUUGAGGGCUUAUUUUGAUAUUAACAAUUCUCCAAGUGAAGAACAGAUUCAGGAAAUGGCUGAGAAAUCUGGCCUUUCCCAAAAAGUUAUCAAACAUUGGUUCCGCAAUACCCUAUUCAAGGAAAGACAAAGAAACAAGGAUUCUCCAUACAAUUUCAGCAAUCCUCCCAUAACAGUUUUGGAAGAUAUAAGAAUUGAACCACAGCCCAGUUCUUUAGAACAUUACAAGUCUGAUUCAGCUUUCAGCAAACGAUCAUCUAGAACUAGAUUUACUGACUACCAGCUUAGAGUCUUACAAGAUUUUUUUGACACAAAUGCUUAUCCAAAAGAUGAUGAAAUUGAACAACUUUCCACAGUACUUAACCUACCUACCCGAGUUAUUGUUGUAUGGUUCCAAAAUGCACGACAGAAAGCUCGUAAAAGUUAUGAGAAUCAAGCUGAAACUAAAGAUAAUGAGAAGCGAGAGCUCACCAAUGAGAGGUACAUUCGAACAAGCAACAUGCAAUAUCAAUGUAAGAAGUGUAGCGUAGUUUUUCCUAGAAUUUUUGACUUAAUUACGCAUCAGAAAAAGCUGUGUUAUAAAGAUGAGGAUGAUGAUGCACAAGAUGAAAGCCAAACAGAAGAUUCAAUGGAUGCUACAGAUCAAAUGCUUUACAAGAAUGGUACAUUUUAUGGCCCAUCUGACUCAUCCAAAAGUGUGGCUAUAACAACCACCACUACCACCACAAGUUCUGGCUCUGGUUGCAGUACACCUUUAAUGCCAUCACCCAAACCAGAACCUGAAAAAACCUCUCCUAAACCUGAAUCAACAGAAAAGCCAAAGCAAAAUGAUAUCAUACCUAAGCAAGCAGAGACCUCCUCCCAAGGCACCAAAUCACUGCAGUCUGCUCCAACAACUUCUUCUGAUCCACAGCCCUCAGCCUCUCAAACACAGCAACAGAAACAGUCCCAAAUAGGAGGAAGACCACCUUCUGCAUCACAGUCUACACCUGUUCCUUCCAGCCCUUUAACAAUCUCACUGACUUCUCUUCAAAACAGUCUACCUCCUCAGUUAUUACAGUACCAGUGUGACCAGUGUACUGUUGCCUUUCCCACUCUAGAACUUUGGCAAGAGCACCAGCACAUGCAUUUCUUAGCAGCCCAAAAUCAAUUUCUUCAUUCUCAGUUUUUAGAAAGACCCAUAGAUAUGCCCUAUAUGAUAUUUGAUCCUAACAACCCUCUGAUGACUGGGCAGUUGCUGAAUAGUUCUUUAGCUCAGAUGACUCCACAAACAACCUCAGUUCAUACAACUCACCACACUGCUUCAGUUUCUGCCUCACUUAAACGAAAACUGGAUGAUAAGGAGGAUAACAACUGUAGUGAAAAAGAGGGAGGAAACAGUGGUGAGGAUCAGCACCGGGAUAAGCGAUUGCGAACUACCAUUACUCCAGAGCAACUAGAAAUACUCUAUGAAAAAUACCUUUUAGAUUCUAAUCCUACCAGAAAAAUGCUUGAUCAUAUUGCACGUGAAGUAGGACUCAAAAAAAGGGUUGUGCAAGUCUGGUUCCAAAACACAAGAGCUCGGGAAAGAAAAGGACAAUUCCGUGCAGUGGGUCCAGCACAGUCUCAUAAACGGUGUCCAUUUUGCCGAGCACUGUUUAAAGCAAAGUCUGCUUUAGAAAGUCACAUUCGUUCUCGGCACUGGAAUGAAGGAAAACAAGCAGGUUAUAGUUUGCCACCAAGUCCUUUGGUAGGCACAGAAGAUGGAGGGGAGAGCCCACAAAAAUACAUGUUUUUUGAUUAUCCAUCACUUACAAAGAUUGAUUUAUCAAGUGAAAAUGAAUUAGCUUCUACUGUCUCAACUCCAGUUAGUAAAACGGCAGAAAUGUCACCGAAGAAUCUUUUAAGUCCUUCUUCCUUCAAAGCAGAAUGCAAUGAAGACAUUGAGAAUCUGAAUGCUGCUCCUGUUGAUGGUGGAUAUGAUCACAAUAAAACUGAUUUUGAUGAAACAUCAUCAAUUAAUACAGCAAUUAGUGAUGCCACAACAGGAGAUGAAGGAAAUAAUGAAAUGGAUAGUAUGACUGGUAGUUCAGGAGAUAUGAAAUCCACAUCAUCUCCUAAAGAGCCAAAAAAUAUUAUGAAUGACAGUUUGCCAAAAAACACAAACAUGCCUAAUAUGGAGAUCAGCGAUGACAAGUUUCUGUUCUCCUUAACUAGCCCAUCGGUACAUUUCAGUGACAAAGAUAGUGAACAUGACCAAAAUGUUUACAUUACUGAUGAUCCUGAUGAUAAUGCUGAUCGCAGUGAAACAUCAAGCAUAGCAGAUCCAAGUUCACCUAAUCCAUUUGGAGCCAACCCGUUUAAAUCCAAAAACAGUGAUCGGCCAGGUCAUAAGCGAUUUCGGACACAAAUGAGUAACCUACAGCUUAAAGUGUUGAAGGCUUGCUUUAGUGACUAUCGGACUCCAACCAUGCAAGAAUGUGAAAUGCUAGGAAACGAGAUUGGCCUGCCCAAACGUGUGGUUCAGGUUUGGUUUCAGAAUGCUCGAGCAAAAGAAAAAAAAUUCAAAAUUAACAUAGGGAAGCCAUUCAUGAUCAAUCAGAAUGCAACUGAUGGAUCAAGACCAGAGUGUUCUCUAUGUGGAAUAAAGUAUUCUGCACGUUUGUCUAUAAGAGACCAUAUCUUUUCCAAACAACAUAUUACAAAAGUGCGAGAAACUGUGGGAAGUCAGCUGGACCGGGAAAAAGACUAUUUAGCUCCUACAACUGUUAGACAGCUGAUGGCACAGCAAGAACUGGAUCGUAUUAAAAAGGCUACAGAUGUUCUAGGUUUAACUGUACAGCAACCAGGCAUGAUGGACAGCAGUUCGCUUCAUGGAAUUAGUUUGCCAGCAGCUUACCCUGGACUUCCUGGACUUCCUCCAGUUCUUCUGCCUGGAAUGAAUGGUCCAUCUUCCUUACCUGGAUUUCCUCAAAGUUCAAACACUUUAACACCUCCCAGUGCAGGCAUGCUUGGGUUUCCUACUUCAGCUACUUCGUCUCCUGCCCUAUCUCUCAGCAGUGCCCCUUCCAAACCUUUGCUGCAGACUCCACCGCCACCUCCUCCACCGCCACCUCCUCCACCUCCACCUCCUCCAUCCUCUUUGUCAGGACAGCAGACAGAGCAACCGAACAAAGAAUCUGAGAAAAAACAUUCUAAUAACAAACCACACAAGGUCAAAAAGAUCAAAGAGGAGGAAUUAGAGGCCACCAAACCUGAAAAACAUCCCAAAAAAGAGGAAAAAAUCUCAUCUGCUCUUUCAGUGUUGGGCAAAGUUGUAGGGGAAACACAUGUGGACCCUAAUCAACUGCAGGCACUUCAAAAUGCAAUUGCUGGUGACCCAGCUUCGUUUAUUGGUGGGCAGUUCUUGCCAUAUUUUAUUCCUGGGUUUGCUUCCUAUUUUACACCUCAGCUGCCUGGAACAGUGCAAGGAGGGUACCUUCCACCAGUAUGUGGUAUGGAGAGCCUUUUUCCCUAUGGUCCAGCAGUGCCUCAAACAAUUGCUGGCUUAUCUCCAGGCGCACUGUUGCAAC